AUGGGAGGAUUAUUGCAUCUCUUCGAUUUCCAUAACAACAGUUUCUCUCGGAAAGUUUUCUCUCAUCACAAAAACCGCGACGAAGAUCUGGAAGCUCCAAGAAAUAGUUUCGAGCUUCAAGUUGACAGUUUUCAGACUUACCAUGACGACAAAGAUAAACCGAGUUAUGGAUUUGAAGAAGAGGAAUGGUACGAGAGAAGUUGUUACCCAAUUGAGGAAUCAAUGAAGAAGAGGAUCAUCGAGGAGCUUUCGAAACGUUCCAACGAUAAACAGAAUUCGCCGAGUCUUGUAGCUAAGCUUAUGGGAAUGGAUGCACUUCCUUUGGAUUCUACUACCAAAUCAACGUCUUGGAUCAAUCAUCGUACGACAAAAGUUGAUCAAUCUCAUGAGAAAGGAGGUGGGAAAAAAACCCGAAAAGGGAAGUUAUCAUCAUCAGUGAAAGUAAUGGAGGUAGAGGAGAUUGAUAAUCCACCAAUGCGUCGAGAACAUCCUCAAGAAGAAGAGCUUCAAAGAUUUAGAAGAGAGUUUGAAGCGUGGCAAGCUGAUAAAAGGUUUAAAGAUUGUUCGAGAAUCGUUGAAUCGGGCUGCGUGGUGGCGCCUGGGGAGGAGAAAGAGAGGCUUUUCACAAGAACUAGAAGCUUUGGUCGUGAUUUCAACUUGAAAUCAGAUAGAACAGCUGCAACUAGGAUUGUGGUUUUAAGACCUGGUCCUACUCAGAGAGUGUAUGAUUACGAAGAUUCGUUAACUACUUCGUCAGGGACAACUUUGGAAGGAAGUAGAGGAAGUAGCAUAGAAGAGUUUCUUGAGGAAGUGAAGGAGAGGUUAAAAGGUGAGAUUCAAGGAAGAGCUCUCAAGAGAAGUUCAUCAGUGAGAGGAAGUGGUAUCGAGACUCCUUUCAGCGAAAGACCUUUCCCGAGGUCUGAAUCGAUGAGAUCAUAUGCCGCAAGUGAAGUUCAGUGCAAUGCACCUGACUCGCCGAGUGAGUUUAUAAGUAGAGAUACAAGAAUACUUUUGGCAGAGAGAUUGAGGAAUGUUUUGAGAAAAGAGAUUAGUCCUUCAGAUGAUUAUACGAUAAAAUGUAGGAGCCGUUUGCGACCUACUGUAUCGGAUGCAGCGAGCUUACGGAAACAAACCGAGGAAAUCGAAGAAGAAGAAGACUCGAGAACAAACAGAGAUGUUUCUAAGAAGAAUUCUUCAUCACCAAGAAAUCUCAAAAGAUCAUUAUCCGCUCCUGUCUCAGGGACAUCAUUUGGAAAGCUUCUGUUGGAGGAUCGACAUGUUUUGACUGGCGCGCAGAUCAUGAGAAAGCACGAGUCUGUAAUAACAGAGCAAGAAGAAACAGAAUCAGUUGUUGUGGAUCCAAUCAGGAGGAAAGAAAGAUUCAAUCUCAGGAAGAAAGUUUCUAGCUUUAGAUCAACACUUAGAGGAAGAAUCUUUGGUAAGAAGAUACGUUCAAUGAUCGAAUCAAACAGUUUUGAGGAUGAAUCAAUCAAAGAUUUCGUGACGGGUUCGAGGUUUAACAACUUUUACGACCGAAAUGAGAAUUCAACAGAAGUGCCUCCAAGCCCUGCAUCAGUCUGCAGUAGUACACCGGAAGAGUUUUGGAGAAAUGUCGAUUAUCUCAGCCAGAUAUCGACACCCGAUGUGACUGUAUCGGAUGAGAACGGUAUGCCUCAAGUCUUCAGAGACAUCAGUUCCAAUCUAAGUGAACUAAGAAGACAGAUAAAUGAGCUUGACUCCGACAUACAAGUACCAACGCCUGUGGAAGAAGAAGCGACUCGAGAGAUUGAGACCAUUGUUGAUUUAGGAAAUCCAGACAAAGUAUUUGUGAGAGAUCUUCUUGUGGCUUCUGGUUUGUAUGACGGGACAACAGAUAGAUCAUUGUCUAGAUGGGAUCCAUUUGCAAAGCCUAUAAACAAGUCUUUUCUUGAAGAAACAAAAGAGAAUCUCAAGAAAACAAGAAAUGAGAAUCAAGAAGACGAAGAUAUCGAAGAGAGUACUAGAAUUGAAGCAAAUCAUCAUAGCAUACUGUUUGAUCUUCUGAACGAAGUACUUACCGUGGUGCUUGGACCAUUGACAAAGUCAAGUUUCAAGAAGAAACUUAUGAUGAGCUCGUCUGAAUCGACGACUAUACGAGGUAAAUAUUUGUUGGAAUCAGCAUGGAGGAUCAUGUCGGAGUAUUUAUAUUCUCAGCCAGAGAGACCCUUUUGUUCAUUGGAUGGGAUUAUUGGUUGGGACUUGGAGAGGUGUCCAUGGAGUGGUUUGAUUGGUGAAGAAGUUGAUGUGUUGGGAAGAGAAGUUGAAGGUAUGAUCAUGUCUGAUCUUGUUGAGGAAGUUGUUAAGGAUCUAAGAACACAAAUGGUUUAA